UGAGGUCUCGCGAGUCGCAUCAAAUGGCAGACCAAUAGGAUAUCCUUGAGUUUCAAUACGAACAAAAUAGUUCGAAUCGGUGCUCCUUUCCCGUUCACAGUCGCCAAACGAAUAGCGUGACGAACGCCUCGCGCCUCUGUUCCUCUUGAGCGUGUAUAGCGGUGCCACGGGAAAGUGAACGACGACCAAGGAGUUCGUGUUUGGACAGCCCGAGGAGGUCUGCUUCUGAGACGACUCCCCGUGAGAUAUUCAUUGAACGGGUGCCGUGAGAGGACGACUGACGAGGCGUGCGCCCUGAAGUGGAGUGGGCACCCGAGAGCGGGCGCCAUAGUGUCUUCAGGUUCAGGCUGGUAGGCUGUACUUGGACAACUCUUGGACGUACGUCAUUAACCCUCUUUUUCUGGCAUUCGAGUGGCUACAACGGUAACACCAGAUUACGAAGACUGUAACGGCCAAUAUUUUAAGCAGGAGGAUGUACAGUACAACAAGCAAGCAUAAGAAAGUGGAUUAAUACGGGAAGCAGCACUUGUGGGAGGAGCGGCUGGAAGUCGCCUCUUCAGCAUUAGUCGGAACAAUUGGCUGGAUCGCUACGUGGGAUACCCCGACGCGCAAUCAGUGCUACGCAGUUUUUGGCUUAAAAAUCUCACGCGAGUGGCGAACUUCGUACUGAGGACAUUUGUUUACGAAACACUGCUUGAAGACUGGGCAUGGCGUCGGCCAGCUUGGCGCGGAGGUUCACAAGCACUGUCCUGCUCAUAUGUAUCGGACUAGUCCGGGUCACCUUACUGGGGAUCUUCAUCGGAAUGCAAGUCCUCUUCAAAGGCAGGCAGGUCUUGCAACCAAAAGUGCGCAGCGAGGAGCCCGAAUGCCUGCGCGAUCCGGAGUUGGGAUCACACGAAUUCGUCACGCUUGGGGAUGUGUCGCUGCACUACGUGUCAGCCGGAAGUCGAGACAAGCCUCUGCUUCUGUUACUGCAUGGCUUCCCGGACUUCUGGUUCUCCUGGAAGUACCAGAUUUUGGACCUCAAGAAAGACUUCUGGGUUGUGGUACCUGACCUACGUGGUUACGGACAGUCAUCCAAGCCUUCAAGCGUCGACGAGUACCAGAUCUCGAAGCUUAUCGGAGACGUCCACGGUCUCGUCAAGUCACUCGGUCGAGAAAAGGUGGUGAUUGUCGGCCACGACUGGGGCGCGCCGAUUGCCUGGAGUUUCGCCACAAAACACGAGGACAUGUUGAAAAAGCUGAUCAUCAUCAACGGUCCACAUCCUGUGGCAAUGCAGCGCCAGCUUCACAAUAGUAUUGAACAGAUCUUCAAAUCAUGGUACUUCAUAGCGUUCCAGCUGCCCUGUGUGCCGGAGCUGUCCUUGACCAUUAAUGACAUGCAGUCCAUCGACAAACUGCACGCCGCCUACAGCAACGAAGAGCGCCAGGCCUUCAAGUACACCUUCGGAAAGCAAGGUGCUCUGACUGGCCCAAUCAACUACUACCGGGCGUCUUUUGGGAAGCGGCCGGAAGUUGGCUUCCACUUCCGAAGACUGAAAAUACCUGUGCUCAUAGUGUGGGGUCGCCGAGACUUGGCACUUACUGAAGGCAUCGCUGUGCUUAGUUUGGACUAUGCCAGUGGGGGUCGCGUCGAGUAUGUAUCUGAUGCGGGACACUGGGUGCACCGGGAGCGGCCAGAGAUCGUCAACAGUCACAUCAGGCGCUUUUUAUCAGAAGAGAAAUAAACGAUGCUCUCUUUUCUCCACUAA